CUGAACUUGCGCAAAAAUGUUUCGAUCUCGAUGAGUCAAGCGUCAAAAACGUGCAAUGCCAUCUAAAUGCAAAUGCGUCAAUUUAUCAGCCCUUCUCUGCAUUUGACAAAUCGUAAAAAUUAAUAAAUUUGCGUUUGGCUGUGUUCAUCAAAAUCAUUAAAAACGACGGUAUCGGCGAAUCCAACUGGACUUGGGAGCACAAUGGCAGCCAGCGACUCAGCGGGCGACGAUUCUUUGUACCCGAUCGCAGUUUUAAUUGAUGAACUAAAAAAUGAAGACGUUCAGCUUCGUCUUAACUCCAUCAAAAAACUGUCCACAAUCGCAUUGGCACUUGGAGUUGAAAGGACUAGGAAGGAGCUGAUACCUUUCCUCACAGAAACAAUUUAUGAUGAGGAUGAAGUUCUCUUAGCACUUGCAGAGCAGUUAGGGCAGUUCAUCACUUUGGUAGGAGGCCCUGAAUACGCCUACUGCCUUUUGCCACCUUUGGAAAGCCUAGCAACAGUUGAAGAAACAGUUGUAAGGGACAAGGCUGUUGAAUCUCUCAGAGCUGUAGCCCAGCAACAUACUCCAGCCGAUCUAGAAAAUCAUUUUGUGCCCUUGGUAUUGAGAUUAGCUACUGGUGACUGGUUUACCUCUAGGACCUCUGCUUGUGGACUGUUUUCGGUUUGUUAUCCACGUGUAUCGGCCACAAUGAAAUCAGAGCUUAGGAAAAGAUUUACGGAUUUAUGUCAAGAUGACACUCCCAUGGUGAGGCGAGCGGUGGCUACCAAGUUAGGUGAAUUAGCCCAAGUGGUGGAUUUGGAGCAUCUGAAGUCUGACUUGAUACCAUUGUUUGUUCAUCUGGCACAGGACGAACAGGAUUCCGUGAGGUUGUUGGCUGUAGAAGCUUGUGUUAAUAUUGCAACACUUUUACCACAAGAAGAUGUAGACCAGCUUGUAAUGCCAACUCUCAGACAGUGUACAGGUGACCAAUCAUGGAGAGUGCGCUACAUGGUGGCCGAUAAAUUUACGGAACUGCAGAAAGCCGUCGGUCCGGAAAUAACAAGAAGUGAUCUAGUUCCAGCCUUCCAAAGUCUUUUGAAAGAUUCGGAAGCCGAAGUCAGAGCCGCAGCCGCAAACAAAGUUAAAGAUUUCUGCCAGAAUUUAGAUAAAACUCAUCAGGAAACUAUCAUUAUGAACAACAUCCUGCCUUGUGUAAAAGAACUGGUGACCGAUGUCAAUCAACACGUCAAGUCCGCCCUUGCUUCAGUUAUUAUGGGGCUGAGUCCAAUUCUAGGCAGACACAAUACCAUCGAACAUUUACUACCACUUUUCCUAACCCAACUUAAAGACGAAUGUUCCGAAGUUAGAUUAAACAUAAUAUCGAAUCUAGAUUGUGUCAAUGAAGUUAUUGGAAUACAACAACUUUCACAAUCUCUCUUACCUGCCAUUGUCGAAUUGGCAGAGGACUCAAAAUGGAGAGUUAGAUCUGCAAUUAUUGAGUACAUGCCUCUUUUAGCUGGACAGUUGGGGAGAGAAUUCUUCGAUGAAAAAUUAAAUACACUUUGUAUGACAUGGUUAAUGGAUCACGUGUUUGCUAUAAGAGAAGCAGCUACCUUGAACCUAAGAAAAUUGGUAGAUCAGUUCGGUGCCGAAUGGGCUGAAAAUACGAUCAUUCCUAAAGUAUUAGCGAUGUCCCGAGAUCAAAAUUACCUUUACCGUAUGACUUGUCUGUUCUGCAUCAAUGUUCUGGCGGAAGCAUGUGGCAGUGAUAUUACCACAAGAUUACUUCUUCCUACAGUUCUUUUUAUGGCAAGUGACAAAGUAGCAAAUGUAAGGUUCAAUGUUGCAAAAACCCUGCAAAAAAUUGCUCCACAGCUAGACCAAGCUGUUAUACAACCUCAAGUAAAACCAAUCUUAGACAAACUUAAUGUAGAUUCUGAUAUUGACGUUAAAUAUUCAGCUUCUGAAGCUAUCGCAGGCAUUACUGCCUUAGGAUGAAGACAAACUGGAAUGUGAAAAUAAUCAUACAAAUGAGCUGACAGAAAGAUACAGAAUGAAACAUUAUUAUACAUAAUAAAAUAUUAAUUACAGUAGAUCUUAAUAUCUGUCUGUUGUGCUUUAAUAUUAUUUAAGGAAAUUGUAACAUAGAGAACCUUUGACAAGUAUAAUGUUAAAUUCAUACGAUACCAGUUCACCCUUUGUGUUAUCUGAAACUUCAUGAGGUUCAAAAAACUGCAUUCAUUUUAUCCAAAACAAUUCUUUAUUUUGUAUUAUAGCAGGUUAUUCUUAAUAAAAUUUUCUUCUUAA